AUGGGCGGAUGGCUGAGCUACCUCUGGUGGGGCGGGGACCCCGACGAAGUGAACCCGGUGUCGGGGCUGACGAGGCGCGAGAUCUUCGCGGUUCAACAGUCCUGGGCGCUGGUCUACAAGGACCCUGUGGGCAACGGGACUGAGUUGCUGAAGAGGUUAUUCCGCGCGUAUCCCGAAACCAGAGAAUUCUUCAAAAUGGUGAGGAAACUACCCGAGGAGGAAUACGAGAGAAGCUUCCAAUUCAAAGCGCACGUUAUAAAUCUAAUGUCCUCACUCAACCAGGCUGUCAAUAACCUCAACGAACCUGAGAUUGUAGUUGAGAUUAUGGUAAAACUCGGGGAGUCGCAUCAAAAGAGAAAAAUACAGGAGAUACAUUUUAACGACUUAAAAGACGUUUUCGUUAAUAUGUUCAUCGAAGUACUCAGACUGGACACGUCCACACUGAGCGCGUGGGGCAAGACCGUCGACUUUUGGUACAAGCACAUAUUCGAAGCACUGGCUACCACGGAAACAAGA